AUAAAUAGUCUUGUGGCUGGCCCUACGUUUACUGUAUGUUUGUUGUCGAGUAUUUCUACUGCAGAGAAUAAAAGGCGGUGAAGGUCUUUAUCGCAUGCUGCUUAUUAUAUGAAGAGUAGAAAAUAUGGCAAAUGUUACAGGCACACUAGCACAUAUAUCUAACAACCUUUCGGCCAUCGAACUGAGCAUCAAUAUUUUUGUCAGUAUUGGAAUUGGUGCAUUUACAUUAUUUUUAAUCACUUAUUACUGCCUAAGUCGGAAAGUUAAGGUGCAAAUUGUUCACGAAGGUUUACGUAUACCCCGUCUCUCAGUGUCAACUCGUCCAACAAAACCUCGAUUUCGCAAGAGGGAUAAAGUUUUAUUUUACGGGCGAAAGGUUCUACGAAAAGUGAAGAACACAGUAGCAGAGGAGCAUCAUAAACGUGCUAGAACCGUAAUCAACAAGUUAGCCAAGCGACUCCUCAAGCCACAUCAAUCUAAAGAGCAUGAAAUUUUGAAUUUACAAAGGCCUCCGCCUUCAUUUUUCGGUGAUGAUGACUUUAGUCAAGUGGGACCUAAUUCCGAUUCAUCCGGAGUUCCUCCUGAGUUACUAUAUCUGCUACGAUCUGUGAGAGUGUUGGGUCAUUUCGAAAAACCUCUUUUCCUUGAAUUAUGUCGCCAUGUAAAAACUAUAUCGCUUUUAGCAUCCCAAAAAAUAGAAUAUUUGCAUCCUGAUAUAUAUAUUGUGCAGAGUGGAAAAUUAAGAAUACUAAUUACAGAUACAGAUGGCUGUGAGCAUUCUGUCAAAGAUACUGAACCUGGUCAGAGUGUUCAUAGUUUGUUGAGUCUUUUAGAUGCAUUACUGGGGCAUACAGUGACAGCAAAGAUAAAUGUUAGCGCGGUUGCUAUAACUGACACGAUUGUUUUCCAUAUUCCAGCUUCAGCUUUCGCUGAUAUACUUAUGGGAUUUCCUGAAUCUCUAGUUAGAGUAGUUCAAGUGAUGAUGUUGAGAUUACAAAGAGUAACUUAUGGUGUAUUGCAUAAUCAAUUAGCUCUGACAGCCGAAUUAACCCAAAACGAUCAAGCAGUAAGUCACGAUUUAGAAGAAGAAAGAAAGAAAAAUAAAAAGAUGUCCUUGAGGAGAACUUCUCAUCCUCCUGAAGCCACACCUUCCGAUUUUGAGGUAGCUAUGGAGACAGCUCGUGUGGAAAGUAUUCAAGGUCCAGCGUCACCAAGUAAAGUCAGGAGUAGAAGUCAUCAUCCGAUUCAUUCUCAAAGUAUCACACCACAAACCGCAGAAAUGCAUAUGGCAAGGGUGUUAGGAGUAGACGAUGAAAACUUGCUAGCUGGUAGAGUUCACAUAAGGAAGAUUCAGCCUGGAGAAGAAUUGCUCAGGCAAGGAGAAACAGAUUGCUUUUUGGGGGUUGUGCUUGUUGGAACUCUUCACGUUCUUCAAAAAGAACCAGAUUCAGGAAACGAAAUACAUAUUCAUUACUUAAGAACUGGUGAAUUAAUAGGCUCUCUCGCCGUGUUGACUGGUGAACCUUCCUUAUUCACCAUACGAAAUAAGCUUCAUACUGAAAAUGAAGUACUCGUCGGAGUACUCUUGAAGGCUCAUUUUUAUUCUAUUAUGCGUGAAAGACCAAAAGUUGUCUUACAUUCUGCUCUAGCAGUGGCAAGAAGAAUGUCAUCUUUCGUCAGACAUAUAGAUUUUGCUUUAGAUUGGGAUUGCAUUGAAUCGGGUCACAGAUUAUUCGCAUCAGGAGAUCCAGCUGACAGUAUUUAUUUAAUACUGAGUGGACGUUUAAGAGGUGUUACAGAAAAGAAACAUGGUGAAUCAGUUGUCUUAGGAGAGUAUGGUAGAGGAGAAGUUGUUGGUGCUCUUGAGGUUCUAACCCAUCAUCCUAGGCAGUCCGGCCUGAUGGCUGUAAGAGAUACUGAAGUGGCCAGAGUACCCUCGGAUUUGCUGACAUAUAUUAAGAGGCGCUAUCCUCUGGUGGUUUCAAGGCUUAUUCACUUAUUAGGACGCAAGAUGUUUUCUUCCAAUCCAACCUUUCCCUCCACUCUUCAUCACCAACCGACGAAUAUAGCAACCGUUGCUGUGUUGCCUGCUGCUUCCAAUGUACCCUUAUCAAACUUUUGUCUUGAGCUCGAACAUGCUCUGUCCGCAAUUGGAUCAACUUUGAGACUAACUUCCGAAUGUAUUCAAAAUCGAUUAGGGACCGCUGCCCUAGAUCCUGUAAACUACUUGAGAUUAGCUUCCUGGCUAGGUCAACAAGAAGACAAUCACAAAAUUGUCAUUUAUCAGUGCGAUUCGAAAAUGAGUGCAUGGACUACACGCUGUAUACGGCAAGCAGACGUAAUAUUAAUUGUUGCUUUAUACUCUUCAACACCCACUGUUGGCGAUUUGGAGAUGAAAGUUGACAAUAUGAGCGUCAGAGCUCAUAAAGAAUUAGUUCUGCUGCAUGCCGAAGACUCGCCAGAUUUGCCUAAUAAUACAGCAGCAUGGCUUAAUGCGCGUGGAUGGUGUACAGCACAUCAUCACGUUCGCUGUCCUUCUAGAGUAUUAAAAAACUAUUCAUCAUCGAAAUUAAAUGCAAUAUAUCGAAGACUUUUUGAUAAAAGUCCUGACAAGCUAAGUGACUGUUCCCGAUUGGCUAGAUUACUGACAGGAACUAGUGUCGGGUUAGUUUUAGGCGGAGGUGGUGCUAGAGGUUUAGCUCACGUUGGACUUCUUAAAGCCCUAUGUGAAGCCGGUGUUCCCAUUGACAUGGUGGGUGGAACUAGUAUUGGUGCUCUUAUGGGAGCUCUUUGGUGUCUGCAUACCGAUGUCACAAAAUUUACUCAAGCUGCAAGAGAAUGGUCAAAAUCUAUGACAUCUAAACCGAAAUUACUGUAUGACUUGACUUAUCCUGCGACUGCUUUAAUGACAGGAUCAGUUUUUAAUACUGGUAUUAAAAGCGUUAUACCUGAAGAUAAGUCCAUAGAAGAUCUUUGGAUACCAUAUUUUACAAUAACAACUGAUGUUACUGCCUCUGUACAAAGGAUGCACACUUCAGGUUCAUUAUGGCGAUAUGUUAGGGCAUCUAUGUCUUUAGCUGGAUAUUUGCCUCCCUUGUGUGAUCCAGUAGAUGGACAUCUAUUAUUAGAUGGUGGAUAUGUGAAUAACGUACCUGCCGAUGCAAUGAAACAACUGGGUGCUGAAACUGUAAUAGCAGUUGAUGUAGGCUCGGAAGAUAAUAAUGACUUGGCAAAUUAUGGUGACGAAUUAUCUGGAUGGUGGGCUCUUUGGCAAAGAAUAAGGGGCAGCCGCUGUAUUCUUAAUAUGGCUGAGCUGCAGUCUCGUUUAGCAUACGUUUCUUGUGUUAGACAAUUAGAGCAAGUAAAGAGUGGCAGUAUGCCUGGUGUUCAUUACGUGAGACCACCAAUUAAUAGAUAUUCUACCCUACAAUUUGGUUCUUUUGAUGAAAUUUUCGAUGUUGGCUACGCUCAUGGAAAGGCGCUGUUUCACACCAGCCUCAUAGAUGAACUCUUCCGUAGAGAGUUUCAGCCGUUCUCUGCUGUAUCUCAGAAUACUAUCUCGCCAAAAGAAGAAGACUUUAUUGAUCUGGCAGAACUGAUAUCUAAAAUUGAUGAACCUUAUAGAGUACCGUCUACAGCAAGUCUUUUGAGUCUUGCUCCUUCUGAGAGUUGUUCGGAAGAUGAAUGUAGUUUGAUAGCCGAAGAGGAGAGAAACUCUGAAACAGAUACCGGUUUUCAUGCUUCCGAUCAUGCUGACGAAAAUGACGAACUUCGAACUCCUCCUGAAGGGGAUCCGAGUCCAGAAGAAAUGACUACAGUAACUUCAAUGACCGGCUCUUUAAUAUCGACAUCUGAUUCAACUAUGCUACGACAAAGGCAGCAGAGAAAAAUGAAUGGAGAAAACGAUAUGGUAUAUCCGAGUAUAGCUCAGCUAUCAGAUGAUGACUUAUUCAAAUGCUUGAGAACUGCAGGUUUUAAUAUUGGACCGGUUAUUGAAACAACAAGAUUUGUGUAUGAAAAGAAACUGACGUCCUACUUGAUUAAAGAAAAAGCAGGAGAUGAUGUUGUUAUAAAUCCUUCUGCGGUGCUCUCUUGGUGUGCGUCAAACUCAAGUCCUAUAAAAGAACAAAUUGAGACGUCAACCAUACGCCAAAGGAAGACUUCUCCACAACCCUCCCCACAAAGAUCUGAAGGGCCAGACGAAGAUGCCCAAAUGUAUGGGGAAGAAAGUGUCAGUUUUCCAUCAGCAGAUUUACCUGAAACACCAAGCCCCAAAAAGCCAGUCAUCGCUUCGCCUACAUCCAGAAAAUCCAGUUUUGCAACCAAAAUGAUAAUUUUUGUCAUAGUUGCAAUUAUGGUAUUCGUUGGCCUAUUAAUUUUAAAUAUGGAAUCUGCUCAUUCGGAACCUGAAUUUUGA